AUGUCCUCCUCCCUGACCCACCUCCUACCGCCCUCGCCACCCCAGACCACCGCAUCUGCCCGGCUACUCACACCAACCACCCAGCCGAUCCCACUCCUCUCCUCCGCGCUGGCAAAGCGAUACAGCUAUGCUCAUACCCUCCUGGUGCCAGCGUACUACCAUAUGCGCACCCUGGCGUUGGUCUCUGACCCAUUUUCAACGAUGCUGAUCGACCUUAUCGUGGUUGCGCUGGCCCAGGCAGUGUUCUGUGCAGUCUGUCUUCCGAGCGUGGGCUCGUGGGUGAGCGGGACGUCAGCUGGGAAGAUACUCGAAGGGUCGGCCGCGAAGAGCCCCAAGGCCGGCAAAGUCUCAGGCACUGGAAGUACGAGGAAGAAAUUGGGUGCUGGAUCUGGUGGAAAAGGUAUCGGGAAGAGCAUGUCUGGGAGUGGCAGUGGUGACAGUGCCGGUGGGAGCUGGAAGAGCAGAGUUAUGCCGACAUUCUUCUCCCUAAUCCUCACGCUCACACUACCACCUCUGCCACUGACAAUCAUCGCGCUCGUUCUCGGUGCACCAUUGUAUCCGACAUCUCUCCUCCCUCUCACGCUGAUGCUCGCUCUGCACGUCUCACUCCUCGGCUUCCUGCCCAUCUUCUACACGCACGGCGUCUCAUCCGUUGCCUGGCGCGAUGUCGCAGCUGCGUGGCUCCCGUUCGACGAAUCUGGCGUCUGGGCUGGCACAGUGGGGACCCUGGUCGGAGGAUGGAUUGGAGCUGUCCCCAUCGCGCUGGACUGGGACCGUGAGUGGCAGAAAUGGCCGUGUACUGUUCUCUGGGGCGUUGUCAUGGGAUGGGCGAUGGGCAGGAUUCUGACGAACAUGGCUGGGUUGGGCAUCGGGAAGAGAAUCAAUCUCAGUGAGAAGGAGGAGCCUGAGCUUGAGCCAGGGCCAGAGGUUGCGCCAAAGGAAACCAUUGGAAAAACGCGGAAGACGCGGGAUGAGAAGAAGAGCGAUUGA